UAUUCUCUCUCUCUCUCUCUCACUUUUCAAAAUUCAAACCCUAAUUUCCUCUGUUUCCCAUCGGCGAUUUGAGAUUGUUUCUGAUUGAACGAAGAUCUCGGCGGCUCGAUUUUCAAAGUCUCUCAGGUUUGCUAUUGCAAUUAGAUUUAGAUUUAGAAUUAGAAUUUCUUUAGUUAUGAUCGCACCGACUUUUGUAAUGAUCGAAUCUAUUCUCAGCCUUAGACAAUGUUACCAAAGUCAUUUACUUUCUCUAGGGUUUGCCGAUGGAUCGGCGAUUAGGUUUUGGAAGUUUGUAUUUUGUUCUGUAUUUGAUAAGGGAUUUUGGAAUUUUCUAUAAGCUGUUAUUGCCAAAUCAGAAUUUCAAGAUUCUUCGGCUUCUCUAGGGUUACUGUUAUAGCAAGAAUCCUAAAAAUGGUGGAACUGGGAAUUUUCUGGAUACUUUGGUUGGUUUUCUGAUUUGGGAGAACUGAGAAUUUAAAAUCCUUGAUUGGUUAGCAAGGAUUUUCUUAAUUUUUAGUAGGGUUUCUGAUUUGGCAGAACAGAGAAUUUUAAAAUCCUUGAUGGGUUUAUGAGAAUUUUCUUGAUUGCAGUAGGGUUUUUGAUUUGGAAGAUUUUCUUCCAUGGAAGAAAGAGAUUGGUUUUUGUUUUUGGCUGCUUCACUUUGUGGAAGGCUUUAUUCAUUGGUUACCUAUUCCUGUUAUUUGUGGGUGUUUAUAGUAUGGAGAUUAAAACUGCAAGAAGAGGGCCACAGGGAAAAGAAAGUUCUGUUUUUGAUCGAUUAGGAGCAGGACGAGGAGGGCAUUUAAACAACAGCAGCAACAAGAUAUGCAAAUUUUGGCUCGGUGGUAGAUGCCUUAAAAACCCAUGUAGGUUUGCCCAUUCAGAAACACCUGAUGUGGCCACCAUUCACCGUCCCAGGCAGACUCCUUACUACCCUCACUCCAGCAACGCUUUAGUUUCGAAUACUUGGCAAAGGGCUCCUAGGAUUUCACAAAAUGUUCAGGAGAAGGUUGUUAACCACAAGUCUUCCGAAAAUGUUCCUGGAAAGUCUGAAUCAGACUUGGAAGAUAUUAAUAAGAAGUUGCCAGAAAGCGUUUCUGAGAGUUCUUCAGAAUGUUCUGUUGUUGAAAAUGAUUCUAAUCUGGAGAAUGUGGUUAAAGAAAAGCCUCUGGAGCAUGUUCCUAAGAAAACCACAGAAAUGGUUUGUGAGUUCUGGGUGCAAGGGACGUGUGUCUAUGGUGAUCAGUGCCCUUACCUACACUCAUGGUUUCAUGGGGAUAAGUUCAAAAGGUUGGCAGAGCUUCAAGGGCACAACAAGGCAGUCAACGGAAUUGCACUUCCUCUAAGAUGCAACAAGCUUUGUUCAGGUAGCAGUGACGGAACAAUUCGGCUUUGGGACUGCCAUACUGGUCAAUGUGCUAAUGUGAUUAACCUUGGUGGCGAAGUUGGAUCUGUUUGUAGUGAGGGCCCAUGGCUCUUUGUUGGCCUGCCAAAUGUUGUGAAGGUGUGGAAUACUGAAUCAGGUGCUGAAUACAGUCUCGAUGGACCUGUUGGGCAAGUCAAUGCUUUGGAAUCUGUUAAUGAUUUGCUUUUUGCUGGGGUAGAGGACGGUGUUAUUUUGGCAUGGAAAGGCACUUGUGAAAGUAAUCUUACAUUUCAACUUGCUGCAACCCUUAAAGGCCACACACAUGGUAUAACAUCUUUAGUUGUUGGAGGAGGCAACAGGCUGUACUCAGGUUCCAAGGACCAUACAAUAAGGGUUUGGGAUCAUGAAAAUUGGCAGUGUAUUAUGACACUGAAUGGGCAUGAUGAUGUUGUGAAGUCUCUCAUGUGCUGGGAUAAGUAUUUGCUCUCUGGUUCAUUGGAUUGCAAGAUAAAAGUUUGGGCUUCUACUGAGGAUGGCAGCUUGGAAGUAAUCUAUACUCACAGUGAAGAACAAGGUAUUCUUGCACUUUCUGGGAUGACCGAUCCGGAUGUUAAACCAAUCCUGUGUUGCUCUUGUAGUGAUAAAUCUGUCCACCUCUAUGAACUGCCAACAUUCACUGAGAGGGGAAGAUUAUUUGCAAAACAAGAAGUCCAGACUCUUCAAAUAGGUCCUGGGGGCCUCUUUUUUACUGGGGAUCAGACUGGUUUGCUGACAGUGUAUACAUGGCUAGCAGACUAAUGGUUGAGACGUGCCCAAGACUAAGACUAGUAAAGCAAUGUUUUAUUAGUUGUUGUGGCAAACAGUGUACAGUAUUUUGAGUACAUUUUCCACUGUACAGUGUUUUGAGUUUAGAAAUUCUUGUUAUUAUGAACACUGAGGAUAAAGCAAUGUAAUGUUGUUACUACAUAAUGAAAAUAAAUAUAGCUACAUACCCUAAGGUAAAGACUUUGGUUUA